GAACAGGUUCUCCUACUUUCUCAGAAGUAUCGAGUGAGUCUACGAUAAGUUUAAUAACAACAGGACACUGCCACGGGUCGGUAAACGCUGUAUAAGCUGUAGAAACCAGCAGGAUAAGUGUUCGCAUCAAUGGACAAACAUGCAGUGUUAUCAUCGGGGACACACGUGUGGAGAUCUCUGGCCUGUUCGAAGUCUGAGCUGCGUCUGGAGCUCACUCUCGCCUGUGGACAAUCCUUCCGAUGGAAAGAAACCGCGCAAGGCCACUGGACGGGGGUGAUGGGGGGACGAGUGUGGACCCUGACCCAGACAGAGGACACCCUGUGGUACCACGUUUAUAACAACCCAGGAGGGCAGGGGAGGGGACCGGCUGGGGGUUCCUCCCCAGGAGACAGUGAGUCAGAGAGGAGACUGAAAGGAGCUGUGAAGAAGGAAGAGGAGGUGACGGACACUGAGGAGGAAGAGCAGAUGCUGAGAGAUUACCUCCAGCUGAGUGUGAAUUUGUCGGAGCUGUACACACACUGGCAAACAGUAGACCCCCACUUCAGGCAACUCGCAGACAUUUUCACGGGUGUGCGGAUGCUGCGCCAGGACCCCACUGAAUGCUUGUUCUCCAUCAUCUGCACCUCCAACAAUCAAAUCUCUCGAAUCCAGGGCAUGGUGGACAGACUGUGUCAGACUCUGGGCGCUCCACUGUGUCAGCUGGAACAAACCUCUUACUUUGACUUUCCUUCCCUGACUGCGCUUGCAGACAGCAGCGUGGAGGCACGUCUCACGGAUCUCGGUUUUGGAUACAGGGCUCGGUUCCUGCAGCAGAGUGCCAAGCAGAUCCUGGACACCCAUGGGCUCCAGUGGCUUGAAGGUCUACGCAGUGUCCCGUAUCUGCAGGCCUGUGAUGCCCUGCGUACUCUUCCUGGUGUGGGCAAUAAGGUGGCGAACUGUGUUUGUCUGAUGUCCCUUGACAAGGCAGACGCUGUUCCUGUUGACACACACAUAUGGCAGAUCGCUAAGCGGGACUACAAUUAUGCUUCUGGCAAAGGACAGAAGAGUAUCACAGACAAACUUCACAGAGACAUUGGGGAUUUCUUCAGAGAACUCUGGGGUCCUUACGCUGGUUGGGCACAGUCGGUGCUGUUCUGUGCUGACCUGAAGAAGUUCCAAAAACUGAAAGAAACGCCACCGAUGCAGCCAAAGAAGGAGGAAGAGGAUGAAGAAGAAAUUGGGGAAGAAAGCUAGAAAACAAAGAUUAAGACGCAAGAAAAUGUUGCUGUGAAGCGUUCGAAAACCAAGUCCGCAUGUCACAAGAAAGCAAAGAUGUCGGUCAAGAAGGAGCGAGAUGUGUGAGGUAAACAAGCUUCUUGCAUCAGGAUUACAUUACAUUACAUUACAUGUCAUUUAGCUCACGCUUUUAUCCAAAGCGACUUCCAAUUAGCUUGGCUGGGGUUGAGCUGCCGACCAUCUGGUUGGAGGACGACCGCUCUACCCCCUCAGCCACAGCCGAUCCACACCAUAUUACAAAAAAACACACACAGAUAUUUCAGAUUAAUUUUAUAACCCGACAAAAUGAAAUGUACAGGAGAAAAUACAGGAGAAUUUUCCUACAGGAAAAUAUGAAAUGAUUAUUAUUUUAUAUUGUACGAUGAUCCUCACUGUUUAUAUUUAACUGUAACCUGUCCUAUGUCUACUUCCCCAUAAGUUCACUGUUACGAUUGCAACACAGGGUUGUUUUUACAAUAAAGCAAAAAUACUUCAUGCACUACUUUUUACUUCUUUCUAUUUUAAAAGAAAAUGUCCUUAUUAGCACAGUCAUCAAUACAGAUAAUAUAUUUAAAUCCAGUAAAACCAUCAGGUAAUUCUGCUAAAUGUUGCCAGAAGUGGUCACUAGAUGGCAGCAUGCUUUGGAAGAUGUUGCCCUGGGAGAUAAUGUCACAUAAUGGACCAUUUGCUUUAGCUUAUUUUCUUUCUUUUAUUUUUUUUUUUGAGAAGAAAUUGCACUGGAUGAAUAUUUUUAUUUCAGACCUCAGGCUCUUGUUACACCAUGUACACACACAUGCUGUGGCAUUUGUGUGCAUGUCUGAAAAGGUCAUAGGACAAAAAUGGUACUUCUUCUUAGUUUUCCUGCAUUAAAAUAGUGAAUCUGUCAGUUGGAUCAUAACAACAUUGUGUGGGUGGGGGGCUGUGGAGUGCCACGGUGUCUGUAUGUUUAUCUAUAGGCAGAAGUUGACUGUGUCAGCUGAUCUAUUUAUAGCAGGGAUCGCAGUUAUCUGUUGUCACUGCUCGGGGGUUAGUGUGACUCUUUCUGGUGACAACAUGGACAUGUCUCGUGUCCCAUUUGACUCAUUAAUGUCCCUUUACAGCAAUGAUGAAGUCGUAUUUUAAUAAAUCUAAAAUCUAUGGAAUAAAUUUAUACUACAAUGUC